AUGAACGACAUUCAUUUUCCUCGAACCCCAUCCAACCAUGGUAGAUCUCUCCCCAGACCUCUGGCUCCACAUUCUCUCCUACCUCCCACUAAAAGCCCUCCCCCGCCUCCUAGUCCUCUCAAAAUCCUUUUCCGAACUCUUCCACCCGUCGCUCUUUUACGCCCUUAAACGGUCCGGCUCACACAUCAAAAUCGUCUCCAGCGACACAACACUCUUGUUACGCCCUUUUGCAUUUUCCAUUGCUGAUAAUGUCAUCUCCUUCAUACCCGCACGUCAGUACCGCCUUCACUCGCCGAUCAAGGUCGUCCUAGAGGGAUGGGAAACGGACGGCGAGGAAAAGGAGACAGGAGGAGACGAUAGGGUGUUAGCUCUGGAAAUGUUUCAUGUGGCCUAUCGAGAAGAAUUGGAAAGAAUUUAUUAUCUGGAGGGGGAAGAAUGUGUGGGUGAAGUGGAUAUGGUUGUGCUGUAUGACAGGGAUGAGGAAGGAGUCGUGGUGCGGGAAGUGCGUGUUACACCAGGAUGGAUUUACAUGGGAUUGGGUGGACGCAAAACCCAGGUGCAGAGAUCCAUUCAUCCAAACAGGAUGAAAGCGCUCGUGGAAGUAGCGCACCAGAAAGGGCUAACGUCCUUUAAUGUCCGUGCCGAGCCCGUGUUACGGUAUCUCGUCUCUGGCAUGUCCCUCUCCAAAGCCGUUAGUACACUUGUGGAAGGCAAUGGUCUCUGGGACAGGCGCAGUAAACUCGAACAGGCUUGCAAGGGCCGCGGGAUAGAUGCGAGCAUAUUAUGGAAAUAUGGCCUCGCCAAACGGUUCAUGGCUAAAAAGACUCGACUAGAUGAAGGGGAGUUGGAGGAGACAAUUCGGAAAAUGGUUGCGGUUGAAAAGUCUUUUAAUGUCAUGUUCUCUAGGGAGGCGGAUGGGGAGGUGGAAAGGAAGGAAAGCAGAAGUAGAUGGUGGUGGCCGUUUCGUGCAGGACCACCGACAUUUGGAGGCGGCAGUUCAUAGAGAUCAUUCUAUUUUUGUAAUCAAAUAUGACGUGCCUGUAGUCCAAGGCAUCCAUUUGCUUUGGAUACGACUACACAAAAGACUGAUCCAGCGUAGAUUAUAAAAUGCUUCAUGUAUUAUGUAUAAAGACUCUACAAUUUUGCCU